AUGGCGGCGUUGAGCAGCGCCGAGUCCCCACAGCCCGUCUUCAACGGAGACACCAUGAGCCGUGAUCCGGACAGGGAGCGGGGACUGGAGGAGCUGUGCGCCGAGCUCGGCCCCACCUGUUCCGCUGGGGCACCUGAAUGUCCGCAGGAUGAAGAGAUCUGGAACAUUAAACAGAUGAUAAAAUUGACACAGGAACACCUGGAGGCCCUUCUUGACAAGUUUGGAGGAGAACACAACCCUCCAUCCAUAUAUCUCGAGGCCUACGAGGAGUACACCAGCAAGCUGGACUCCCUUCAGCAACGAGAGCAGCAGCUCCUGGAGGCAAUGGGCAACAGCACUGACUUCCCCCCUUCCACACCUGCCCUCCUGGAUGUUAAAGUGGGGAGUUGUGGGGACAGUAGUGGGGCCCAGGCCUUCCUGUCAGCCCCCAAUACACUGGCUGUCCUGUCCAGUCCUGCUGAUGCUGUCCGUGCUAACCCCCGCUCACCCCAAAAGCCCAUCGUCAGGGUCUUCCUGCCCAACAAACAGAGAACAGUGGUAUGUCUGUUGUGA